UUGACAUUGUGUCCUUUUGUGUAUGUGUUGAUUUGAUACAUUUAUAUUUUGCAGUAUACAGUUAAAAUAGUGUUAGCUAACCUGUCACAUCAUGUAAUUAUCAUUCUUUUUUUGUGUGGUGGGUACAAUUAAGAUCUUGUCUCUCAGCAACUUAAGUAUAUAAUACAGUAUUGCUGACUAUCAGUUAUUGAUAAUAGAGUAUAGAAGCCUCCAACUAUUUUUGAGUUGUUCAUUUCUCCCUUCAGUUUUCCCUUCAUGUGUUUGGGGGCUCUGUUUUUAAAGGUAUGUAUGCUUAUGAUUAUAUGUCUUCCUGUAAGAAGGAUUGGCCUUUUAAUUAUUAUAAAAUCCUUUUCUUAUUUCCUGUUAUGGCUACAUUUUGUCUCUCAUUAGUGGAGCUAGUGUAGUUCUCUUUUUGUUAAUGUUUGCAUGGUAUCUUUUUUCAUCUUUUAUCUUCAAGUUAUAGAUGUCUUAAUCUAAAGUGUGAGUCAGUUCUGGAAAACAUAUAGUUGGAUUAUUACUAUUUUUUUAAUCCAUGUGAUCAUCUCUUAAUUGGAGUAUUUGAUCUAUAUAUAUUUAAUGUGAUUACUGAUAAGGUAAUUUAUUCAUGUAAUUUCUAUUUUCCUGUAUAUUUUAUGUCUUUUUUUUCUUUUAUUUCUCCAUAACUGCCGCCUCCACUGUUAAAACGGGUAUCUUGUAGUAUAUCAUCUUAAUCCCCUUGUUGUUUCCUUGAAUAUAUGCUUUUGAGUUAUGUUUUCCCUUUGUAGUUAACCUGUUAAAAUUAACAUCUUAACUUAAAACAACCUAGUUCUGAUUAAUACCAACUGAAUUUCAAUAGAAUGCAAAAAUUUACUCCUAUAGCUCUGUCCUCUUUCUCCUUCGUUGGGCUGCUAUUGUUAGAUUAUACCUCUCUACAGAGUGGUAUCAUCAAAAAAGGUAUAAUUAUUACCUUGUGCGGUAAUUAAAUCAAGCAAGAGGUAGGUCUCUGGCAAGCUGUUGACGCUGUUCUCUGUUUUGCAGGGUGGACUUUGUUAAAACUGUCAAGAGAAAGUCUUGCAAAUGGAUGUUAGAAGAUGAGAGGGUAUAAUUGAUUAUUAUGCUCAGAAACACUUGGUAAUUUAGGAUAAAAAUAAGUACAACACAUCCAAAUAUAGAAUGAUAGUUCAAGUAGCUAACAGAAGGAUCAUUUGUCAGAUUGCUUAUGCCACUAUAGAAGGAGAUAUGAUUGUUUUUGCAGCUUAUGCUCAUGAACUUCCAAAGUACAGUGUGAAGGCUGGCUUGACAAAUUACGCUACAGCAUAUUGUACUGGUCUGCUACUGGCCUUUAGUAGGUUUGGCUUAGACAAGAUCUGUGAAGGCCAGGUGGAGGUGACUAGAGAUGAAUACAAUGUGGAAAGCAUUGACGGUCAACCUGGUGUCUUCACCUGCUUUUUGGAUGCAGGGCUGGCCACAACUGCUACUGGAAAUAAAGUUUUUGUGGCCCUCAAGGGACCUGCGGAUGGAGGCUCUGUCCCUCAUAGUACCAAAUGAUUCCCUGGUUUGGAAAGCAAGGAAUUCAGUGCAGAAGUACAUGGGAAGCAUAUGGGUCAGAACAUUGCAGAUUAUAUGCAUUACCAAAUAGAAGAUAAUGAAGAUGCUGACAUGAAACAAUUCUCAGGGCACCUGCUUGGCUAAGUCAGUGGAGCAUUUAUUUGACUCUUGAUCUUGGGGUUGUAAGUUUGAGCCCCACACUGGGUAUGGAGAUUACUUUAAGAAAAAAGAAAAGAAAAGACAGUUUUGUCAAUAUAUAAAGAACAAAGUAACUCUAAACAUGGUGAAGAUGUGUAAGAAAGCUCAUCCUGCUGUAUGAGAGAAUCCAGUCUCUGAGAAGGAGCCUAAGAAAGAAGUUAGAAUAGGUGGAACUGUCCCAAAUUCUCUUGGCCCUGAAGAAAGAUGCAGUAGCGCAGAAGAACUCAAACUUUCACAGAGCUUAGGAGCAGGCCACUGAGAGCUAAUAAACCAAACCAUAAUUUCUAUGAAGAUUUUUUAGGUAAAGACAAUAAUAAACUUACCAAGCCAGAAAAAGAAAGAUCAAGGAAGAGAUUAAAAAGAUAUAAAUUAAAAAACACACACUGUGUUUUAUAUUUAUCUAGGUCACUGUGCUGGUGCUCUUACUUGUUUCAUGUGAACUCAGGGUACUGUGCAGUGUCCUUUCAUUUCGGCAUAAAGGAUUCCCUUUAUUUCUUGUUAGGGUAGAUUAUUUAAGAAUAAAUUCCCUCAGUUUUGGUUUAAGUGGGGGAAGUUUUAAUUUCUCCUUUGUAUUUCGAAGAUAGUUUUAUAAUACAGGAUUCUUGAUUGCUACGCCUUUUCCUUCAGUUCUUUGAAUAUGCCAUCCCAGGGCUUCCUGGCUUCCAUAGUUUCUGAGGGGACCUCAGCUGUUAAUUUUUUUUUUUUUUGAGGCUCCCUUGUAUGCACUACAUUGCCUCUCCUUGCCAUUAAGCUGCUUACGUUGUCUUUUUUUCUUUCACCAGUUUAUGUUUCUAGGUUUAGACCUUGUAUGUUUAUAUUACUUGGAGUUUGUUGAGCUUCUUGGGAGUCUAGAUUAAUGGUUUUCAUCAAAUUCAGGAAGUUUUUAGCUGUUACUUCGACAAAUACUCUUUUUGCCCCUUUUCCAUCUCAUCUCCUUCUGGAACUCCCAUUAUAUAUGUCUUGAUACGUUUGGUAGUGUUCCACCUGUCUCUGAGUUUAUUUUUUUCCACUUUUUUCUUUCACUUUUUCAGGCUGGAUAAUCUUAGUUAUCUUCAGAUUCUUGGAUUCUCUUGCCUGCAUGAAUCUGUUCUUGGGAACCUGUAGUGAAGUUGGCAGUUACUACAUUUUUCUUUUCUCUUUUCUUCUUCUUUCCUCUUCUUUUCUCUCAUUUUUUCUUU